UGGGCUCUCCCCUUUGUACGCUAACUCCAUGCUAGCAUUCUCUCAUCGUGAGACCGCCAUUUCCGCCGCUAUGGCCGCCGCUAUUAACGCUUCGCUCGCUGCGAUCCCCGCAAUCUCCUCUGCUUCCGUGUCCCUCUCGUCGUCUGCCACGUGGCAAAACCGCGUCGGUCCUUCGUCAGCGUUUAUCGCUAGCGGGCAGCCACUUCAUUCGUCGCUCUCCUCCCGUCGCAUUCCCGUAGGGCCUGCGACAAAUGCAGGCGCGUGCGACCGCCGUGCGACGGCCGUUCGCGUCGUCGCCUCAGCCGUGAGCGACAAGCCUGCGACAGCUGCGACUCCUGGUGGCGCGGGAGUUAAUAAGUCGUACAACGUCGUUGUAACAGGAUCAACGAAAGGCAUCGGCCUGGCGUUGGCGCGUGAGUUCUUGAAGGCAGGAGACCGAGUAGUGGUGUGCUCGCGAUCGGGAGAGAGAGUGGAUGACGUGGUUGCUGGUCUGCAGAAGGAGUUCGGCAAAGAGAAAGUAGUGGGCACAGCAUGUGAUGUGUCUAGAGGGGAAGACGUGAAGGCCCUGGCUGAGUUCGCUGUCAAAUCCCUCGGCUCUGUGGACGUGUGGAUCAACAAUGCGGGCUCUAAUGCGUAUGAGUACACCCCCCUGGUGGAGUCGGGCGAUGAAGCCAUUGAGGAGAUUGUGCGCACCAACGUCCUUGGUGUGAUGCUGUGCUGCCGCCAGGCCAUGCGCCUCAUGAGGGACCAACCUGGAGGGGGGCAUAUCUUCAACAUGGACGGUGCUGGCGCUGACGGCAAUGCCACUCCCCGCUUUGCGGCAUACGGUGCCACCAAGCGCAGCCUGGCGCAGUUCACCAAGUCGCUGCAGGCUGAAUUGAAGAUGCUCAAAGUGCCCAACGUCGUCGUGCACAAUCUCUCACCGGGCAUGGUGACCACAGACCUGCUGAUGGCAGGCGCCAACACUCCCCAGGCCAAGUUCUUCAUCAACGCCCUGGCAGAACCCGCAGAGGAGGUCGCUCAGUUCCUCGUUCCUCGAGUGCGUGAAGUGCCUGCCAGCGGCGCCAACACCUCAACCUACAUCAGAUUCCUCACCAAGCCUAAGGCCUUCUCACAAAUAUUCCAGCGCGCUCUCUUUGGACAGAGGAAGAACCGUUACGUGCAAGAAGACUAGUGCAACUAGUAUGGAUGGUAUUACACUCCAACAGGGCAUAUACGGUUGUCUGGAGUAAUUAUGUUUUAUGCUAGAAGGUUGAUGCAAUCAUUUUAAACAUUGAUAAAAAAAACACCGUAUUUGCACGCCAUUUUUCAUCAUUUUGAACAUUGCGAAAAAAAAGUGUACUUGAUAUACAUGAAUGGAA